AUGACCGCGCUCAGCCUCCAAUUCCUGCACCUCCUCGUUCUCAUCCUGUCCAUCGGCUCGCUCGAGCCUAUGGGUGGCGGCGGAGGAGCACCGAUGGGCGUGGCUGCUCUUCCAGUGUCACGCCGUGGCUCAUUGGCAGACACUUCUGGCUUUCUCGAAGAUCGGUCGAGCAGAGCUGGUACGCCUGCUGGCGAUGAUUCAGAGACUAACUUCCCCAUACUUCACCGUCGCGCUGGGUCAAUAUCGGAGGGCUCUAGCAUUCCGCUGAAGCGCAUGGACCCAAAAGCGAACGGCGCCCAUCCCCAGAUGCUGCUACAACACCACAUCAACAUGGCAAAUGCGAAACUCACUCGCAUGCGCCAGCGGGAGAGGGGCUCCUUUUCCGACCAAGACAGGCGAGACGCAAUGAUGCGUAGGCGGUCGGCCAUUCUGGGCGACAUGGAGAGGCGGUCGGUCAGCUUGAGCGAGCGUGCGCCCAAGCGGACUGGACGAGUCGGCUUUGCCGCUGGGCAUGGAAAGCAUGCCGAGGUGGCGGCCGAGAAGACUGGCCGGCGCGCAGUAGACGCGGCAGUCGAAGAGGCGCACGGAGGAGGCGACGGCGAGGUCGAUGAAGAGGAUGGUCGUGAAGAUGACGACGACGAUGGCGAAGAAAACGGGGAGCUAAGCAGGCGCGAGAUUCCAGACGAAGCUACCCCCCACAAUUUGGCUCCCUCGGCCAUCGUGCCGAACCUCGCCACGGAUGGCUCCAUCUACGGCGCCAACCAGCAUGAUGCCAGCAAAUUCAAGCUGGUCAGCACCAGCGCCUGCUCGUCAAAGAAGAGCAAGUCCACGGGCACUGCGGCUGACAGUGCUGUAGCGAACAAGGUCAACAACGCGAAGGCGUCCAGCUCGUCUUCCUCUUCAUCAUCGAAGUCUACCCAGGGCUACGAUGUGGCCUCGAACGGCUUUUCUUCAACGGCGCUAAAGGCUUCAUCCAGCAGCAACUUGAUCAAAGCCUCGACACCUAAGACGCAAGGCUCUCUCGCCCUGGACAUCGAGGCAAACGACGUCGGCUACAUCGCCUCUGUAACAAUCGGCACGGCGGGUACCUUCAAUCUCCUCGUCGACUCCGGCUCAGCCGACACUUGGGUCGCGUCGACGAUGUGCACCAACUGCUCCAACUCGCACAAGAAGCUAGGAAAAAGUACCUCAUCUUCCUUCAAGGGGAUCCGUCCGCAAAAGAACUUCAGCAUUACGUACGGUACGGGCGACGUUGCCGGGCAUUUGGGCAAUGACACCUUGACGAUCGGCAAAUACAAGCUUCCCAACCACACUUUCGGUCUGGCUACGGACGAGUCUGAGGACUUUUCCGACUCUUCUGUGCCAUUUGAUGGCUUGAUGGGUCUGGCCAAAGUCUCCCUCGCGAGCACCAAGACGCCCACACCCAUCGAUUCGCUCUACUCAACCGGUCAGGUCAAGCAGCCCGUCAUGGCCUACCACCUGGGUCGCGCCGCUGACGGCAAGAACAAUGGAGCGGUGACCUUUGGGGGUGUCGAUGCCACCCUGUUCAGCGGCUCCCUGACGGAAUUGCCAAAUGUCUCGAACCAAGGCUUUUGGGAGGUCAAUCUCGAUAGCGUAGGCUUCGGUGGCAAGUCGAUCAGUUUGGAUGGAUCGCAGCAACGCACGGCUAUCCUUGACACGGGAACAACGCUCAUCGUUGCCCCUCAGGCUGAUGCUGAUGCUCUGCACUCUGCGAUUCCUGGAGCCAAGUCUGAUGGGCAGGGAGGGUACACAAUCCCCUGCACGACGGCCAAGCAGGUCUCCUUCACCUUUGGAGGGAAGCAAUGGCCUAUCGAUGCGAGGGAUAUGACCUUCUUACCCGUGGAUGACAACAAUCCCAAGGGAGACUGCAUCUCGUCGAUCUCGGCAGGGUCGGUAGGCGCAAAGGGCGAAUGGCUGGUCGGUGCCGCUUUCCUCAAGAAUGUCUACUUUGCCACCAACUCCAAGAGCAACACCAUUGCGCUUGGCAAGCUGUCGUAG